CUCAAAUCGCAAAAAGACAGAAGCCGUCUGCAUUUUUCAAUUUGUAGCCGUGAGUCUUUGUGGUGCGUGUUGAAGUAUAGAUUGUAAAAUCAUAACAAUGAACGUAAAGGAAUUAUUAAAUAGUUGGCGUCUGGACCAUUUAUGGCCAAAGUUUGAAGGCACUUGCCACAAAAGAAUGUGUGACUCUUCACAAGAUCGUACAGCCUGUGGCCAUCUUGCCUUAAGACUCAUGACUUUGUUACAAAGAAUUCUUAAUUUUGCUGCAAAAAUGCUUUUCUCUUGUGGUAGGUACACAAGUGAAGCAACAGCACCUAAAGAAAUUGAGUUACCAACAGAAUAUAACAUAUCAGAAUCGUUAGAAGCCUAUCAGAUAAUCAGUACAGAAGAAAACAUCAAUUUAGCUGAAAUAGAAGAUAUUCCAAUCGUUUUCAUCGCUGAUGGACCCUUAUCUGAAGAGCAUGAGGUAUUAGUUAGUGGUGUUAAAGGUGAUUAUCCACCAGGAACGAAAUUUAAAACCGAUACAACACAUUUGGAUGUUUUUAUGUUGCUGUUUAUGCUGUGUACCCUGGAAGUUGUGGUACUGAAAAUUAUCAGUUACGAAGAGGACAACGAAAGACAUGGGAUUUCGUCGACUGUGAGAAGGUCUCCUGUUGCUAUGUUUUUUGAUAGGGAUUAG